UGUGACAGAUGUUUAUGGGACACUGGUACAGAUGUCGAUGUACACUUGGACACUGUGAAAGAUGGUGCUUAGUGCGCUGUUUACAAAUGGCUGCACUGUGUGGGAUUUGUGUGUAGGUUGUGACAGAUUCUCAACUAGGCAGGUUGAGGGGCUCCAGAGUAAGUGUUUGAUAUGGAGGAAAGUGGCUUUUCACCUUCCUCCUUUGUUUGCAAGGUCUGUUUUGGGAGCUGGAGCCUGGAGAUUUCAAAGAGAUCUGGGAGGGAUGAAAUCUCCAAUCCUGGGACCAGGUUUUGGGAAUGGCCAGGAGACU